GAGAUUUUUUUUUGUUUAUUUUCGUGGCUAGCUACCCAGUAAAACGCGUUGUUGUUAGCAUUUAUUUUUUCCCCACACUAUCAGUAAAGUAGAAUAAGUCAAACAUAUAAACGAGCGCGACUUUAGCGAGUAUUACACAAAAACAUUUCGCGAGGUUUUUGGAUUUGGGUCCACCAUAGAAGAAGGCGUGAAGUUGAUGGUUAGCGUGUGUGCUAGCAAGCUAGCCAAAAUAACGGUAAGGCAAGCUAGUUAACGCUGCUAUCGGCAUUUCGUAGAUAAAGUAAAUAUAAUCUCCAACCACCAGGAAUAAGGCUACAGCGCGGUGAUAUCACUGCAGAGGAUACAGCUGGAAAGCCUCCCCAAGGUUGAAACCUAAGGAGCAAGAUGUCAAUCACAAACACCCCUACAAGUAAUGAUGCCUGCCUGAGCAUUGUGCACAGCCUCAUGUGCCACCGUCAGGGAGGAGAGAGUGAAAGCUUUGCCAAGCGGGCUAUUGAGAGCCUUGUCAAGAAGCUCAAGGAGAAGAAAGAUGAGCUGGAUUCCCUUAUUACAGCCAUCACUACAAAUGGAGCUCAUCCUAGCAAGUGUGUAACCAUACAGCGAACUUUGGAUGGACGCUUACAGGUGGCGGGCCGUAAAGGUUUUCCUCAUGUUGUCUAUGCCAGAUUAUGGCGAUGGCCAGAUCUACACAAGAAUGAGUUAAAACAUGUGAAAUAUUGCCAGUAUGCUUUUGAUCUUAAGUGUGAUAAUGUUUGUGUCAACCCAUACCACUACGAGAGGGUUGUCUCUCCAGGAAUUGACUUAUCAGGACUGACCCUUUCAAGUUCAGGUCCACUGUUAGUAAAGGACGAGUAUGACUACGAUAACCAGCCAUCUCACUCCAGCUCUGAAAACCACCUUCCGACAAUCCAGCAUCCACCGUCGAGGCCGGGCCCGCAGGAAACAUUCAGCAGCCCUGCUCUGCUUCCCCCAUCAGAGGGCAGCGGUUCAGCUUCUACUUCUGCUUUCUCGACCAUUAGUGCUGGACCCGCAAAUCCUACCCCGAACUGGAGCAGAAACAGCAGCUUCACCCCGGCGGUACCUCAACACCAGAAUGGGCAUCUACAGCAUCAUCCGCCCAUGCCUCACACAGGGCAUUACUGGCCUGUUACCAGUGAAAUUGCAUUCCAGCCACCCAUAUCCAACCACCCUGCUCCAGAAUACUGGUGCUCCAUUGCAUACUUUGAGAUGGAUGUCCAAGUUGGGGAGACGUUUAAAGUGCCAUCCACAUGUCCGAUAGUGACUGUGGAUGGCUAUGUUGAUCCAUCAGGAGGGGAUCGCUUCUGCUUGGGUCAACUGAGCAAUGUUCACAGGACAGAGAACAUAGAGAGAGCCAGGCUCCACAUUGGCAAAGGUGUGCAGCUAGAGUGCAAAGGUGAAGGAGAUGUCUGGGUGCGCUGUUUGAGCGAUCACGCAGUGUUUGUGCAGAGCUAUUAUCUGGACCGAGAGGCUGGACGCGCCCCUGGCGAUGCAGUUCACAAGAUCUACCCCAGUGCUUACAUUAAGGUGUUUGACUUGCGUCAGUGCCACAGGCAGAUGCAGCAGCAGGCAGCGACAGCUCAGGCAGCAGCUGCAGCACAGGCAGCUGCAGUCGCUGGGAAUAUUCCAGGUCCGGGCUCUGUGGGAGGCAUCGCCCCUGCGAUCAGUUUGUCAGCUGCUGCAGGCAUUGGGGUUGAUGACCUGCGCAGGCUGUGCAUCCUCCGGAUGAGCUUUGUGAAGGGCUGGGGGCCAGACUACCCACGGCAAAGCAUUAAAGAGACACCCUGUUGGAUUGAGAUCCAUUUACACCGGGCCCUACAACUGCUGGACGAAGUUCUGCACACCAUGCCAUAGCUGACCCUCAACCGCUUGACUGAGUUAAAACACAUAAACUAUAUUACACAAAACAAAAAAAAAAGAAAGAAAAAUAAUAAUUAAAAAA